AUGCCUCGCCGCGCUAUCCCUACCUCCGAAAAGAUCGCUCUCCGAGAGUACCGUCGAAACAAUACCCUGUUAUCCAAUAAACAGCUUGCUCAGUGGUUCCAACAAACCUACAAUCAUUGUCUAUCACCCUCAACAAUCUCUGAGAUCCUUUCCUCCCGAUAUUGUCACCUUGACGACGAGCUUUCGAAGCAUCAACUUAGUGCUAAGCGGACCCGAAUCGCUAAGUGGCCGGAGCUCGAAAAAGCGCUUAUCCAUUGGGUAAAGCUCGCUGAGAAUCAUAUCCCUAUAACCCAAGAGGUUAUACUAAUGGCUGGCUUACUAGAUUCCAGCACCGUGAAUCUAUACGAAACCGGUUACACUUUGGGGAGGAUGGAAGCACUCCAGAGUCUGCUACUAAAGCUAUAA